UCCAAAACAACACGCGCGCAUUUCCAAGAUGUCAGCCCCUAUGGAAAUAAUUGUGUGCGCUGAUUCGGCAGGCCAAUUAUGGAACUGUGCUGUUAUAGAACUCCAUUCUGGUACAAAUCUUUUGUCCUAUCGUGGUGGCAAUAGUUCUCCGAGGGCCCUCACCGUUUUGAAUGGCGAGUACAUCCUCGGAGCCCAACUCGGGAAAAACUUCAUCAACGUGUGGGAAAUCCAAAGAAAGGAUCAGCUGCAGCAGAAGAUUGUGUGCCCUGGGGUUGUCACAUGCCUGACUUCUUCCCCCAAUGGCCUGUACCUGGUGGCAGGCAUCGCUGAGGCCAUCUACCUAUGGGAGGUUUCCACUGGCAAUUUGCUGGCCAUACUGAGUCGGCACUACCAAGACCUGACCUGCCUGCGCUUCACUGAUGACAGCAGCCAUUUUAUUUCAGGCGGAAAAGACAACCUUGCACUGGUCUGGAGUCUAGCCAGUGUGGUGCAGCUGGACUCAACAAACGCGCCUGAGCCCCGCCAUGUCCUGUCUCGUCACUCUCUUCCCAUCACCGACAUUCACUGUGGCCUGAUGGGACCUCAGGCUCGGGUAGCUACCGCAUCCCUGGACCAGACAGUCAAGCUAUGGGAGCUGUCCUCAGGUGAGAUGCUAUUGUCUGUUCUCUUUGACGUGGGCAUCAUGUCAGUGACCCUUGACCCCUGUGAGUACUACCUCUUCUGUGGCGGCAGCGAUGGUGGUAUAUUCCAGGUGUCCCUGUGCAGCCAGAGCCUAAGUCGAGAUAAGACUUUCCAGUCGGACAACGAGGGCAACCAGGUUUUCAAAGGACACAGGAACCUAGUAACCUGCCUGUCUGUUUCUAUGGAUGGUACUCUCCUCCUCUCAGGAUCCCACGACGAGACUAUACGACUAUGGGACAUCCAAAGCAAGCAGAGCAUCCGAAGCAUCAACCAGAAAGGUCCAGUCACCAAUGCUUUUAUCAUCCCGGCCCCGGCCAACAUGUUCCUGCCUGACAGCCGCCCGGGCAUCCCCCUGCCCCGCUUCAGCCGCCACCUCAACCCCUCAGAGCAGGGCGAGGGUGUGGAGACGGGAGGGGUUUGUGUGCGCCUGGCCCCCCACACACAGACCCAGAAGGAGACCUAUUUGGAGAAAGCAGACAAACUCUACUCUCUCAUGAGUGCCGUAACAGACAAGAGUGUGUUUGGCAGUGGUGAGAACACCAAAGUGCGAGUGUCAGAGCUGGAAGAGGAAGUCAGGACCCUGAAGAAGGUCAACAAAGACCUGUACGACUUCUCGGCGCAGCUGCUCACCAAGCCCAACUAGAGGAGCCACAACCCCUGGCCACGCCUCCCCCUUUCCUACAGCCAGGACUCAGGGGGGGGGCGAAGACAUGACAGGGCCCCUUCAUUGCAUACCGGUGGUGUGGGGAAAGUUGUGUGCUUUGUAAGGCAGCAGGUUAAAUCAGCAGGGUUUGGAGUGUGAAUGUUGUAUUGCUGACUUCACCACAGAAUCCUGGUGUGAUUUCAUUUCAGUUUUUGUGAAGAAAAUAUUGCUUGAUUUUUAUUUUAUUUUUUGUAUUCAUGUUCAAUAUUAGUAGUGUAUUGCAGCCAGACUCUGUGACAGUUGAUCUUAGCCAAAGCACCAGUCAGCCCAAAUUUGGCUUAACAGGAUCCAGUUAUUGCAUUUUGAGCUUUACCUGGCUAACCUCUCUUUCCCCCGUUUCCAGUCCUUCACCUUUGCUGGGACUCCCAGUGCCAUUCAACCCACUAAUACAUUGGAUGGAGUUGUUUGCUGGCUUAGCCGUCGAGGCUGGUGCUAAUUUCAGUCAGAAAGUAGAUGUGACCCCCAUGGUUCGUAGGUCCCCUUCAUGGUUCCCGCUCAAACAGAAAUGUUUUCCUAUUAGCAACAUGCACAUUCUGUGUAAACCCAAUUUUUUUUAAUCUCCCAUUAAAACAGCUCAAGGCAGGAAAUAUCUCAAAGAAAAUGUUGGUGUUAAAAAAUGUAAGAUUAGAGCAAUGUUUGAUUUACACCGAGGAGCCUAAAGCCUGUGAGUUGAGUUUCUCAAUACCUUUAGCAAACAUGGAUUUGGUUGAGCACUGCUCCGCAGCAAUACACAACUGGCAGAAGGAAACAAUUAACCAGUCAGAAAGGAAAAUGUCUCAACUCUAAAAUCCCUUUUCCUCUCAGCACUGUUAAUUCUCCACUGGGGGCACUACAUUAGAGGCAGCGACUUAGAAACUAGCUGUUGAUAUCGUUUUUUCUUUUCUUUUUUUCACCCUGCUUUGAUGAGAUCAGAAGCAGCAGCCUGUAUGUAUGUAUGUGUGCUUCGUUGGUAGAGAACAGGGAAAUGAUAAGAACAGCGUCCCUUCUGCGCAGGGAGAGCCAAGGCUUUAGAACUUCAGCCCUAGAUUAACCACUCUGCGAUGUUCACCCCAAUUUACACACUGCUUUGGUGUCAGGUCAGUCUAGGGAGCUCUUGAGGACCUUGAUUAGAGAAAUCAUGGACUCCAAGGUGAAGAGUUCAGUAGUAGCUGCCUUUUUUUGUACUCAUUGUUGUGUUUUCACCAUUGUAACGGUUUUUCUAUCUUUCUGAGACUGGCAAAUAAAACACGUUUUGUA